CGCUUCGUCUAGGCCAUAAUCGCAUUUCUGUCCUUCCUCUGCCCUGCCUCCUGCUGCUUGCCUCCGACGUGCAUGCUUGACCUCCCUGAGCUCCCUGCAUCACAUCGCUGCAUCCUACCGCGCUCACAGAUUGUCCUGAUUUCUUUUCUCGUCGCUGUCCGUCCGGCUUCAUCUCGCCGUUCAGACCGAGGAUCUUGAGACCUUCUCUUCCCUGCGAUCUACUCUCCUCCUCGCUCCCGUACUUCUUUCUCCCGCCCAUUCAUUGUUCCGUCCCUCCGUUCCACCACGUUCGCAGCGCGCCGUGAUCGCCUCUGACACUGAGCAUGUCCUCCAUGCAAGAGAUCCAGCCCGCCCCUUCGGUGACAGUCGACCCGCAGCAGUAUCAGCAAUUCACCUCAGCAGACGUCCCCGUCCCGCAAUCCUUCGUUUCACUCGUCCCGGCUCCUCACCCCGACCCCACGCUACCUCCCGACCCAGUAUCUCAUAUGGUGACGAUGCCUGCCUCCCUCUUCCAGCAGCAAAUCGACUCCGCUGCCGCAGUUCCGAUGUCCAUGCACCUACCUAUAGGCUCCUUACCACCAUCCGCCGACGCCGUAACCGUGAUGGAUGUCCUUGCAUCGGUCCCUCCGCCGUCUCGCUCACCAGGUGUCAUCCCGGAUCUUCCGACUCAGGCAGCCAUGUACGGAAUGGACCCUCGCCUUGCGACUAUAGAGGGAGCUGAUCCGUCGCAUCCGCUUGUGUCCUCUCCGAGCGCGACCUCGGCGUCUACGAGCGCUUCGCACGCCUCAUCACCUUCAUUAACGGGCAUGACCCCCUCGUUCUCCGCCGGUUCGUCCUCCCUCGCUUCCGCGCUUGAACACGUUGGUACUACUCGCAGCCGUGCAGGAUCCGUGGCCUCGCCGCCCAAUUUGACUACGUCAGAUUCGGACAUGGGUUUCCCUACUGGGGGUAGUGGCCCUUCAACCACGCAGUCUGGUUUCGAGUUCCCUCCGCCCGGAUUUGAGAACCCCUUGCAGACGACGAAUAGCGAACCUGUGCAAGAUGUGCCUGGAGGUGCGCAUCUCAUGGUCCUAGGUGACAUGCUGAAAAACAUCGCCCGGACAGCAAACUCCGGCAGUGAAGCGUGUUCUAUGGGUCAGGGGGGCAACGCUACCGAGAUUGUUACUGUGCUCAAGAAAAACGUAUUGCUCGUCGCCGAACUCGUUGCGGCCAUGCAGCUCGGCGAUACAGCAGCUGGUGGUUCCCCCGGUCAGUCCCUAGGCCCAGCCUUUUCACCGUCACACAGUGCGAGCUUCGUACCUGCUCCUGUAGUCGGCGCCCAACAUUCCGCACCUCAGCAACAAGCCCCACCCAGUUUAAAUAACAUGCCUUCCGGUGGUUCGAUGGAUCCGAGCACCAUGUCCGAUAGUUCGGAAUCCCGCAAGCGAUGUGCUUCGUCGGUAGCGGGAGAUCGAGUGGUGAAGUCGAUGAAGCUUGAACCCCAGGACGAAGCACCUCCCCUGCAGAGCUCGUCAUCGACAGCUCUCCUCCCACCCUUGGUUUCUGCCACUCACUUUUCGUAUACGUACCCCCUCUCCAAUGGCCCUCCACCCUUGGGCUCAGUUGCUGAUAUAUCAGUAAUGCCUCCACCCAUACCGACUGCUAGCACCCUCUCCGGCUCUCGGCCUCCCAGCUCUGCAGGUCUUCCUCCACCGCUACCUCUUGGCAUGUCCCUCGACGCAACACAGCAGCUUGUCUCGUCAAUCCACGGGUCCGUUCCUAUGGACUCCAUCCCACCGAUGCCACACUCACCGGACUUCAUCCCACCCCCAUCCACCGCGACUACGACGAUGCCCAGCCCGCCUGGUUUCCUACCGGCUGGAAGUGUCUGGUCCGACGCCCGCGUAGCCAACCCUCGUCAGCACCGUUACUCGCUCUCUACUGGUUCAAUUCUGACCGAUGGUGCUAUAGUGACGGACCCUGUGCCCGCUGCCGGUCCUUCCUACACCACGUCCAUGUACUCGCCUACGCGAAGCACUCACCUGCAGCAGGCGCCGCUGAACGCGGCGUCAGCGACGUUGGGUCGUGCUUCGCGCUCACAGUCGAUAUCGCACCUGCACGGGAAUCCGUUUGCACACAUGCCGGAUACCGUGCCGCAUCCCACUAUGUACGAGUCGUCGACGACGCAGUCGCGGCCAUCGACGUCGGGGCGAUACAGUCCGCGUCUAGAGUCGCCAGAGUACGAUUAUGAUGAUGGAGAGAGAGACUCGGAUGACGAGGGCGAGCAGAACUCCCCAGGCAAUCAGUACGCAUCCUCGGGACAGGGUUCUGAUGACCCUCAUGCUAAAAGUAAAUUCAGUACCGAGGGCCCCGGGAACGGAACGACGCGCAGCCAUGCCGGCCAGCGGCGGAUGAGCCGUACUUCGCCCUCAAAUGAGGGUGGCAGCUCUUCAGGCCACGGAAACGAGGUGCCGCAGGAGUACCGGGCCGAUGUCGAGCGCAUCUUCUUUGAGUUUUUGAAUUCGAUCUGUUCCAACCUGGACGCUACCGAUUCUAAGGGCGAGCCGAUCCAUCAGACGCUCAUGGCCAAAAAGAUGCAGCGCCUGGACGAGUCGCCCGACUUCCGACCGUUCAAGUUCCGGAUACAAGCCUUCACGAACGCCUUCUUGGAAGAGCUCGCCCGCCAGGGCUAUCCUGAGGAGAAGAUCCCGAUGAAAAAGAUCCGGAACUUCCUGUGGAACCAGCAAUACAUCUCGCGCUUCAACGAGGAGGGCAAGAAGUCCAAGUCAAAAGGCAAUCACAUCUGGCACGUCGAUGCCAAGAAAACCGAGGGCGGCUGGCAGUUCAGGCCGUUCAAGCGGAAGCUCGCUGGGACGCCGCCAGGGGUGGCGUACGUCGGCCUACGGUGGACGUGGACCCCGAGGAUAUGGGACCCGCAAGCGUCGCGAACGAACAUGCCGGUCAGCUACAGCUCGCCCGCGCUGCCGCAGUGGCUGGCGUGGAAAGAAGACUCCCUCACCGGCAUCCCCCCUCCGGAUGCGCAGAGCUGCGACGUUACGGUAGAAGCGAGGUUCAUGCAAGAUGGGAAGGAGGAGCUGCUGACGCACACCGUGCACAUCACCAUCGCUCCCAUGGCCGCUGUCGAUUCCACGUUCACACCCUCGCGGCGACCCUCGCUCGUUGGCGACGUCCACAAUCCGCGUCGGAUCUUGAGCGAUUCGAUCGUGAGUGGGGUUGUGCCAGCGCCGGCUCAGAGGCUGUCGAUGCGCGGACCCAUUGCAGCUGCGGCCGCUCCCGUGGUAGCGCCCGAGUCUCAAGUCGUCCAGGUGCUUACUACAGCCGCUCAACGUGUCGCACAAGAGGCGCAGUCACAGGUUGUCGCAUCACCGAAUGAGGUCGGGCCAGAAUUGCAGGCGUUGGCGAAACAGCAACAUGUCCUCACAGUCACCGCCCAGGCUAUCAGCUCAAAGAUGGCAGGCGAGGUGCCGGAUGGCGCCGUCGCUCAGUCGAACGCUCUCACCGCAGCAGCCCAACAGGUGGUCCUUCAGGCCGCGCGUCAGGUCGUUGCGGACCGCAAUGUCGCGGCCGUAUCAUCAGGGUUCCCACCUGUCGCUGCUAGUGCGAUGCCACAGGUUACGGUUAAGGAGGUCUCCGUUGCGACGCAGUCUGCGGUCGCGCAGGCAGUGGAUAUGGUUGGGCCUCUUUCAAGCGAGGUCGAUGUUCUCAUGACGGCCAAGUCGCUGCUUCAGCAGCAGACGCGUGGGGGUCCCGCCCUCCUAGAUGCUAUGCGGUCGCAUUCCACAGGGAACUCGCCCCCAGUGGGCUACGACAUCCCAGCGCCGCCUCCGGUUCCGAUCCCAAUACCCGUUGGUCUGCCACCGCCGGGCGCGGUGUACUAUCAGCAAUCAUAGUUCUUUGGGUUUCGUGGGUCUGGGACUUUACGUGCUCUUAAAGUAUUGUAUGCUGGUGAUAUUGAGUUUUCGUCAGCUGCGUACAUACGCACACUCCCGCGCGACGCCUUAUCUCUCAUCUAGACGGCUCAGGCCGAGGUGUUCGUCGCAGUGUGUUGCUUCUUGCGCUCGCGUCGUUGCAUCUGUCUCCAUAGUCUAUUUAGAAUCUGCUCUCGCUGCUGUGAAUGUGUAUGUCUACGUUCUUCCCAUCUGCGCCGCCCUAGCCCUAGCGCUGCCUCCUCUGAUUCCCGCUCCCCCCGACCGUUGCAUCACACUCCGCAUAGGUACCGGUACUCAUCACCGAUCGCGCCGUGGCGUAGCAUGAAUCCCCGUUGUCCCUUGCCAGCAUACAAUUGUACAUCAAUCACUCAUCUUUGUUUUUCCGUCCUCCGCAUCGAAUUAGCAG